CACACACCAACGACAAACCCUACUAGCUAAUUCCCCUCACUCGAUCGAUGGCAAUGAAGGCGGCACUCGCAGCAGCUCUCCUGGUGGGUCUGGUGGCCCUUGCCAGCGCCAGCAGCUUCACUACCACCGUGACCACCGUGUCCUUCGAAGAGGAGGCCAACCGGCCUGCGAGGCAGCAGUGCAGGCAGCAGCUUCAGGGGCGGGAGUUCCGCUCCUGCCAGCGCUACUUCUCGCAGAGGAGCAGCCCCUACGAGGAGGAGGAGGAAGUCCUCGAGAUGAGCACCGACAGAGAGCAGCGCAGCCGCAGGCACUCACCCCAACUGCAGGAGUGCUGCGAGCAGCUCAGGGAGAUGGACCGCUACCAAUGCGGCUGCGAGGCCAUCAAGCACGCCGUGCAGCAGGCGCAGCAGCAGCAGAGAGGCAGCCGCCGCUACCAAACCGGCCAGAGUGAAAGCGAGCAGAUCUACCAGAAGGCGCGCUCCCUUCCCCGCAUGUGUGGUCUGCGUGAGCAGCAAUGCCAGUUCCGUGUUGUGCUUGUGUAGAGCGGAUCGGAGAGAGGCCCAUCGGCCAUCUGUCUCUGAGUUUUCUGUAUUUCUGUCUUCCAUAAAUAAGCUUCAUCAAUAAAGUUACUGCUGUUUAUACUA